AUGUCUAUCGGUGUUCCCAUCAAGGUCCUCCAUGAAGCAGAAGGGCAUAUUGUGACCUGUGAGACGAAUACAGGCGAGGUGUACAGAGGGAAGCUUAUUGAGGCAGAGGAUAACAUGAACUGCCAGAUGUCAAACAUCACUGUAACCUACAGGGACGGCAGAGUUGCGCAGCUUGAACAAGUCUACAUUAGAGGAAGCAAAAUCCGUUUCUUGAUACUUCCAGACAUGUUAAAAAAUGCCCCGAUGUUAAAGAGCAUGAAGAAUAAAAAUCAGGGUUCAGGUGCUGGAAGGGGGAAAGCGGCUAUUCUCAAAGCUCAAGCAAGAGGAAGAGGACGUGGAAUGGGUCGAGGAAAUAUCUUCCAAAAACGGCGAUAA